AUGGCGUUCGGCAUGAACAUUUGGAAGGGGGCGAGCGCCUUCCUGUUCGCCGUGGUGCUGCUGCAGUUCUACCUCAUCAUCUCCGAGACUGGAGUGCCAAAGGCGCCCAGCUUCACUCACUCGCGCCCAUCUGAUGAUAAGCCAAAACACAAGGCGCCAGUGAAGGAGGAAGAGAAGUUCAGUCCGGAUGAGUGGACGUACGACAGCGCGCGGGACCACCAGAACAUCGGUUUGACGUCUGCGCAGUGCGAUCAGGCCUUCCCGGACCUCUACUAUGAGAUCGAUCGCGCGGCUGCAGUAUGGAGGGAGCAGAAACAUACUAUCUCGCGCAAGGACAUAUCGAUUGAUUGGAGGAAAGAUGCGGCAUUCCAGGCCAUGACCUACGACAACCAGCUGCGUAUCAUCCGGACCAAGAACACAUGGCAGCAGAAAGGCUACAAGAGACGUGCGCUCUACGUUCUCGCUCAGCUGAACCGCGCUCUGCUGGGUGCAGCAGCAGCCGGUGAGACGAUGCCCAACAUCGAGUUCUCGGUCGUGGUGGACGACAUGUCCCUCAUCCCGGGAGCGAAGAACGACACCCACAGCAUCUGGGCCUUCACCCGCCGAAAAGCCUCCAAAGCCGAAGACCGCCUCUGGAUCGUGCCCGACUUCAACUUCUACGCCGCUCCGCCCCGCGCAUCUUCCUUCAUCGAGCAGCAGCGCCGAUCUGCUGUACAUGAUGCCUACGUGAUGGACAAGAUCCCGAAAGCAAUCUGGCGCGGCGCCAAAUGGACAAAUGAGUACGUGCGCGGUCAUCUACUUGACGUCUCCAAAGGCAAAGACUGGGCAGACAUCGAAGAAGUAGACUGGAAAACUCCAAACAACACCAUGACAAUGGACGACAUGUGCCGAUACAUGUUCACCGUGCACACCGAAGGCCGUAGCUGGUCCGGUCGGCUGAAGUUCCUGCUAAACUGCGACUCGGUACUCGUCGCGCAUAAACUCGACUGGACGGCAGAGUUCUACCACCUCCUGAAGCCCUCCGGACCGGAUCAGAACUACAUCGCCGUGAACCGCGAGUUCUCUGACUUGGAGGAGAAGAUCAACUACUACCUCGAGAACCCGCAGGAAGCGCAGCGGAUCGCGGACAAUGCCGCUGCAACUUUUCGGGCAAGAUAUAUUUCGCCGGCAGCGGAGUCGUGCUACUGGAGACGCUUGAUCCAGACGUACAGUGAGGUUUCUUUUGCGCCGGAUCCGUAUGUUAUGGUGAAACGGAAUCGGACGGGGGAGGAGAUUGAGGAGAAGCAGGGUAGUGGGAGAAGAGAACUUGAGAGAAGUGGCUACGAGUGGAUAGGGCUGGAACGCGUGGAUCUCCGAGGCCUCUGUGCUUGCCUCUGGCCGGUCAUCUUCCUCGCGUGCCCAAACGAUGGAGCGGUCAGACUUUGGGACAAGAUGGCAUCCUCGGACGCUGGACCGGCUCCAGCGCCGCAGUGGCACGGCAUACGCAAGCAUCAGGCGCUCUGCGAGCAUUGGUAUCAUCCAAGUGCUGUAUCGCGGGACCUGUGGCGUCCAGGCUCUCGCCACGAGAGGCAAGUGGCCUUCGCGAUUGGGCGAGUCGAGGACCGGAUGGCGAACGGCACAACUCAAUCGCCGGCGGAUGACGAUGGCGGACUAUCACGCAGUCCUGCUGCGGCCAGAUCACGUCGUUCUUGGUGUGCUUUGGCGUCAAAACACGACACUGGGCAGUUGGCGGGCAAUGUUGAUUGUAAUCCAUUUCAGUUGGACGAGGAAAGGUGA